AUGGCCUCCCCAAAGUUUUCCGAAGAUCAUUCGUCCUACAGCGACAAGCAGAUCGUGUCGAGCGUCGAUCAUGGUAUAGAGGUCGUCAGACAGCCCUAUCCGGACGCCUAUGCAUAUGCCAACCCUAACAAUACCAACAACGACAGUUCAAAGGGCGGUAGUGGAGGUGGCGGUCUCGAAGCUGUUCAUCACCUUCUGUCCAACGAUCAAGAGAACCCUGCUUCGUCCAAGGAAAAGUCGAAUCGAAAAAUCUGUGGUCUUCGCAGCAGGACCUUCAUAAUCGUGAUUGCCGUGGUCACGGCUUUGGUUGUUGCCGCCAUCAUUGGAGGGAGUAUAGGUGGCGUCCUGGCAAACAAACACAGCGCAGACAGCGCAAAGGCCGACUCAGCAGAGGUAAAGUUGGACUACUCUGACAUUUUCGUUCGUGCGUUUAUUGAUAUUGUGACCUUGAAGACCAGCACCACGUCUCCAGCUCCUGCACUCUCGACGACUGUAACAACGACCUCGGCAUCAGCAACAUCAGCCACCUCCGAGCCUGCUGUUUCCACGAGCAGUCCAUCCUCAUCCUCGACAACAAGCACGACCGGCACAACUAGCACCUCCACCUCUUCGACCGCUGCCGCCACGACGUCGAGCUCUGGCGAAGGAACCUACAACUGUCCCGCAGACAACAACACAAACUACGUGUCACCCUUACUCAGCACCGCGACCUGGACUAUCCUCUGCGACACAGACUGGCCGAGCGGGGUGGACUCGUUCAGCGGUGGCACUGUGGUCGACCUCACUGCCGUCAUUGCAUACAGUAUCGAAGCUUGCGUUGAUCAAUGCGCUGCGUACAACGUUGCUGGUGGAAAUUGUGAGGCGGUCGUCUACGGCGCCAACAUCACCCUUGCGUUGAGUAGGGGCGGAAUCCAGGGGAACUGCUUUCUGAAAAGUGACCGGGGAGAAGAGAACAUUGCCGACAAUAGUGGACAAGUAGAGGCGGCGUAUCUGCUCUCGGCCAGUUGA